UUUCAGAGAGCAAGGACCAACUUGUAGCAGCGCUUUCCUGCAGGACAACGACCGCAAGCGAUGGCCAAGAAGGACAAGAGAAAGUCGCGGGCUGGAGAGGACGAGGAGGGAAGCAGCAGAAAGGCAAGCAAGGUGGCGUCGGCGUCGGCGGCACCUCUGAGCUUUGACGCGGAGCUUGAUGCGCUCUUCAGCUCGGCCGCGCGGCAGCCGGAGCCUGCAGCGCCCGCUGCUUCGUCCUCACGAAACAAGUCGAGCGUCGAGGAGGAGGCUGCCGAAGCCGCGGUCACACCCAUGGAAGACGUAGACGAGGAAGAGGAAUCCGCCAACGUUGUUGUAAACGAAGCAGGAGUGGGGCAAGAGGUGGUGCAAGACUCAGAAGACGACAGCGAUGCAGAUGGGCCGCCGCCCGUGCACGAGACGCUGCUCAAGAAGAACGCAAAGAGCCCUGCAAAGGAGCCCAAGAAGAAGCCUGCCAAACCGACACUAGAGUCACGCCUGGAGCAGGAUUCCCACUCCCUCUUUGUCGGAAACUUGCCCCUCUCGCUAGCGACGUCCAAGGGGGACAUGAAGGCACUCAAGAGGCACCUUGUCGCCUGCUCGCCUUAUCCCUUCAUCACCAUCGUCAAGGCUGUUCGGCUUCGCUCGAUUCCCUUUUCCAAGCCGACGGACGACUAUCAGGCCGACGACCCUGAGAGCGCAGAACGAGGCCAGAAGCGGCGGGACCGCGCACGAGCCUGGAAGGAAACUGAAGGAGGCACGGUCAAGGAUCAAGAGGCUGGGUCGAAGGGCAAAGUCUUCCUCAAUGCAAAGCAGAAGCGAAAAGUGGCCUAUAUCCAGGGUGAGGUCAACGAAAAGGCCGACGCGCUCAAUGCCUACGUCACCAUCGACCUUGCGGGUCAGAGGCGUCUCGAUGCUUAUGCGCAGAGGUACAAUGCCGAUGUCAGCAAGUUGACGGACAAGACGUUGGCGGCGCUCUUGGCGUUUACGUCGAACAACACCCUGUUCCGGGGAAGACACAUCCGUUGCGACCUGGUGCGGUCUUUGGAGACGUCUGCCAUACUGUCGGCUGGGCUCGACCAGGUUAGGACGCCCAAUGGAUCGCUGCUGGGCCAGAGCAUGGGCACCAAUGCUGCCGCGAUGGACAUCAAUAUGAGGAGGAGGACAAUCUUCGUGGGAAACGUCGACUUUGAGGCAAAAGAGGAGGAAGUCCGGGAGUUCUUUGAGGCUCUAGUCAGGAGGGAACGGGGAAUGCCACCAGAGGUCAAGGCACUCGACUUCUCGGCCUGCAGAACCUUGCCAAAGCCAGAAAGUGAGCAGAAGCCUGCAACCGCGUCCGACGCCGAGUCACAGUCCGCGUCGGAAUCCGAAGCAGAAUCUGCAUCGGGCGGGGAGGAGUCAGCGGAAGAAGAAGAUGACGACGGGAAGGGAGAUGGCGACGAGGACGAGGAGCGAGAAGCGAGGGAAGAACAGGCUGCACGGCCAAGCUCGACAAAGGCCGAGCCUUACUGGGUCGAGAGUGUCCGUCUGAUCCGCGACUCUGCCACCCAGAUGGGCAAAGGAAUCGCCUAUGUUCGCUUUACUGAUUCGACGAGCGUCGAUGAGCUGAUGGCCAUCUCCGAGGCUGAAACUGCAUUUUUGGAGGCGAGCAAGAUGGGAAAGACGACGUCGAAGCUCGGCACCAGCAAGCUCGAGAUCAACAACGGAAACUUCAAGAGAAGGCUCAAGUUCAAGGGAAAGCCGCUGAGGUUGUCGCGAUGCAAGGCCGCCACCAAUUCGCAGGCAUCGACACCCAACAAGCGGCAUGCAGCGGCAACAGGAGGCAGCCAUUCUCGGCAGAGGAGUGCUGGUGCGCCCACACCCGGUGGCACCAGCCCUUCGUCGAUGUCUCGACAGAAUUCCAACGCCAGGGCUCCGAACGAGACACCGCUGCGCAACAAGGGCUCCUUGUCCAAGGGCACGCCCCUCUCAAAGCCAUCUCCCAGGUCCAAUAGCGACAGCACGGAAGAGAAGAAGAUCGAGGUGGCCAACCCACCCCCAAAGAGGACGGACGCCGCUUUCAUGGCGAAGAAGGCAGAAAAGAGAGCCGAUGCAGACCGAGCGGCAAAGCGAAUGGAGAAGAAGCGCAAAAAGGUCGAGGAGAGGAAACUCAACAAAAAGAUUGAGGAGGACGUGGGCACCUCGGGCAAGGUCAAACUCAAGAUGGGCGGCAGCAAGAAAAAGCAGGGUGGCGUCCCUAGCUCAAAGACAAAGAAGGUGAGGAGCAGCAGCGGGGCCAGGAGACCUUGAUUUCGUUGGAGCUCCUCCCUCCUCUUUCUCUUCUUUUGCCGCUUUGUACUUUUCUCCUAUACAUCUCUCAACUCAUUCUAAUGUCACAUCUACCGUUUAUUGACGCU